GAUCGGUCAUAUAUUCCAAAUCGUCGUGGAUCCAUUUUCCUAAUUUCUUUUUUUUUUUACUAUUAUCAAUGGAUUCCAAAAACCCAUCACGUUUCUCUUUAAUCUUGCUGCUCAUUAUUUCAUCCAUCCUUUUCUUACAAUCUUCGGCGGAUGGAAGUGGGUCAGUUUAUUUUCUUGAUAGCUCAACUCAUCACUAUUUUCAAUCUCCAUCAUCUGAGCCCAAAUCAAUGUCACUUCCAGAAGUAGGUGCUGCUAUUUCAGUCUUGCUUGGAUUUGCACCUCCUUCUACAUUGUCCUCUAUGAGCUCAGAAAAGUUGAAUGAGGUGCUUGUGGCAAAUCCCUUCAAUAGGCCUUAUGCUGUGUUCUCGUUAGAGAUCAAUCGAUUUGGAGAUAAGCAUCCUGAGCUUGGUUCAGAUCUUUUUAGUAAGGCUCUUAAGAGAGAAGUUACUAUUGAAGAUGCUGAAAUUCAACUUUCUGAUGAGAACGAGUUGUCUCUGGUCUCUUUAAAUGAACCUGUGACUGCCGAUAUGGAAUUGAGCGAUGCGGAUUUGACUGACUUUGCGUCUUGGUUGGGUGGAACAUAUCUUAAUACUGCACCUGAGCCGUUAACGGGAGAGUUGACUGUCCCUUUGGCAAAUGGUGUCCAAAUAAAGCUUCAUAUGUCGAAGAAAGCAGACAGAGAAUUUACAAGAAGCCUUAUUGCUCUUAACCAAAAUGUCUGGAGAGCAGUAACACUACACGAAGAUUUGGCAGGAAGUAUCCCUACACCAGCAGAAUUGAUCGAAGGAAGAUUUGAUGGUUUAAAGGCUUUUGAAGAGCACUAUGGAACAGAUGACAUUGUUCAAGAAGGUGCUGAAUUGUUAGUGACAGCAUUAUCAAAGAUAUAUGACUCCUUGAAAACAUUAUACAAAGGUCAACUUGUUGGAGUGGUCAUUUUCAAUCGAUCACCUGCUAAAGAGUCGGAUACGAUGUUAACUGUUAAGUUCACAAUGAGGCCCACUUCUCGCUUGUUGGAGGAGAAGGAAGGUUCACAUGAUGCAUCGCUUUUAAUUGCAGAAGUGCUUCUUGUUAGACGAACCCUUGCAUGGAUCACAGGCAUCAUUUUUUUAAUUUCCACACUCAUGGGGACAUGGUUCCUUUUGUAUAUGCCGCUCACAAGAGAUACCCUUCUAUAUUCUAAUGUCAAGCUCGACUAAAAGAAGAAUCAUAGCAUCACAAAGGAUCGUUGUUCGUAUCUGUUUAUCGUAUAUUCUUACAUGCUAAAGUUCAUGUUCCAAUUAUGAGCGCCCUCGAACGAGUUGUGUAGCUGGUGGCUAGAUAUAAUAUCAAAUACAACAGUUUGUGGCAAUUUAUUGUGAUUUUGUAUCUGUUGUAGUCCAGGGUGUAGAAAUAAGAAUACAGGAAUCACUGUAAUAUCAUGUUUUUACUUAUUUGGUUGCCUUGCUACUACAAAUUCUUUGUUGUACGAGCUUUAAUAAUGAUGGCAGUUUUUCGAAAUCA